AUAACUCUCAUCAUUGGUUUGGUAUUGGCUCUGACGUCAUCUUUUUGCCCAAAUAAAAGGAUUUUACGUAAAUUGGAAGCUAAAAAAAAGGAAUAAGCACCUUCUCGAAUCAUUGUUGAAAUAAAAUGGCUAAUCCUAAGUACGAAAAUCUUCCCGGCAUAGCCUAUGACCAACCCGAUGUAUAUGAAACCGAUGAUUUGCCGGAGGCUGACCAGCCGGAUCCGUAUGAAGAGGAAGAAAAUAGCUGUAUUGAACAGUUACAUUUAUCAGUGAAAGAUUCUUUCAAUACAUUCAAAGGAAAAUUUCUAACUGGGAAUGUUGAUUUUUCUGAUAGACUCAGCAGGAAAAAUCGUAUCGGAUACAGAGCUGGUGAGUGGGAAUUGGCAGCGGAGGGUGACACAGAAACAACAUUGGAGCGCUACAAUAGACUUCGCUGUGAGUUCUCAGAGCUGUUGGAAGAAGUCACACAGAAAGAAAAUAAAGCCAUAGAGAUUGAAAAGGAGGAAUACAGCAAACUUGCAGCACAGAUCAAUUCAACAAAGAAACUUCUAGAAGAAUUAAAACUAGAAGAGGGGGAACAAAUUGAUCCCAAGGCGGAGAAAUUGAAGGAAUACUUAAGUGUCAGUGGAAAGAAACAAGGUGAUAAGGUCACAGCACAUUUGAAACUCAAGCCUGAAGUCAACUUAGCGCAGACAGCCAGAAUAGCACAGUUGGAGCACAGAUUACAUAAACUGGAGCAGGCGGCCGGUGUGAGAGAUGAAGAAGCGUUCCGGAGGCUACAGACUGUUACUGGAGAGGCUACCCUAUGUGGUGCUGCGGCCUCACUAGCCAGUCAGGCAGCGUUACUACGCCCCGCAGACCUGGCGGCCGCGGAGGCCAGAGUGACGUCAUUACUUAGUAACAUUGACGCUUUGAAGCAAGCAGUCAAACCAGCCCAGCCUGAAGUCGAGGAGAAGGUUAAAGAAUUGUACAAACUAUUAAAGCAAAUAGAUGGUGUGUCACAUUCAGAAAUCUUAGAGAGAAUGGAGGCUCUGGAAGCUUUACAUAAUCAAGCAAGCAACUUUGGUAAAUCUCUGACCGAAUUGGAGACGUUACAAAGUACAAUCGCUAGCGGCGUUCAAAACAAUAAGGCGCUCCUUGAAGGAGUGCAAGAAGUCUUCGCGCACAAUAUUGAUAGCUUACAAAAAGAAAUCAAGAAAUUAGACGAAAGAAUCGGCAAACUGACACCUGCGUGAUGUUCAUUAAAAAAAAAAACACUUUAGGGUUGCUAUAUCAAAUAUAUUGGAAGUAAAUAUUUGGAAUUUUAAUAUUUCGCUACAAGAAUAAAAGGUUCAAUGUUACAAUGUUCUUGUUUAAUUCAGGACCAGUAUGCUGUUCUUGUUUUACUGGAUUUAAAAUUAUAAGUGCCUCACUAACAAUGCAUCACUCACUGCUAAUUGAAUUAAAUUAGUUGAUUUAGUGUUUCUUAAAUUACACCUGUGUAAAAUAUUGAUUUUUUUGUAAUAAAAAACUGAGAAAAUUUAUAUCAAUUCAAAUGUAUUGUAAGUUACAACUGUAUCUUUAAUUUAACCAAUUUGUAUUUAAACAAAUUUUAUUAACUAGUUUCGGCUAUCUGAUAUUAUUCUGUAGGUAGACAGCUUAAAUAAUUUAUUUUAUAAAAUAAAAGCAGUUAUGUCA